CGGUGGUGAUCGCGAUCCCACAAGGCGCACGAGGAGUAGCAGAGGCCAUCGCAAUCACUCAUCCGAAAUCAGAGCGGACGGGCUGCCGGGUCUCCAUCGCGAUCCGCCCGCCUGGUGCUGGGAGGCAUGGGCGAGCGGCGCGGAAGCCGCCACACUCGGAGGAAAGUUUGAAAGUGGGCUUCCGAAGACACGGCGAGCCGGAGCGCAGCGCAUCCAUCCGACAUGUUCAUCAGAAUCAUCAUGCGGGACCGGCUCUUCACACUCAUCAUCAGCACCAGCAUCGCCUGCUUCACACUCGCGCCGUCCGCGCACUGCCACGCCGCGCGCUCCCGAGAGAACGCGCAGCCGGGCGCUGCGAUCGCGCGCGCUGGGAGUGGGAGAAACGGCACGUGCACGCUGCUCCAGGUGCGCGGCUUCGCGGAAACGGACGCGGAGACGCCGGGCGCCGUGUCCUUCUCCAGCAGCGCGCCGGACUGCGACAGGCUGCCCCCCGCGCACUGCGCGGUGAGCGUGGCGCAGCUGUGCGUGGGGCGCGCGUCCCGCUUCGCUCACCUCCUCGUCAGCCGCCGCCGGGUGCUCGUCCACGCGAGGCACUGCUUUGCCCGGCACCGCAGGAGGAGCGCGUGGGACCUGGACAUCCUCAGCCUGCUGCCUGUCCCCAAAGCCUGCUUCCAGGAGGGCUCCCCGCUCAUCCCGCUGAGGGAUGUCCUUCCGGGCCCGAUCCGCUGCUCCCUCGGCAGCCGUUCGGACUUCCGCCUCCAGGAUGGACGGUUAGUGCCCGCAAAGCGCCUCUGCUUGAGGAGAGGGGUCCUGCACGACGCACACCUUCGCUGUGACAGGUCUCAAAGCCCGGCCUGCUCGGAGAGGGCGGCCGGGGAUCCGGGGUCCGUCGGGUCGGAGGUCAUCUCGGUGCGCUGGCGGGUAGGGGUGGGCUCCCUCGAGCGGGACUCUUUGCGGGAGCUGCUGGAGGCCGCGUCCGCAUCCGACGCGGGGGCGGCGAGCAGGCGGAAGAGGAACGUGAACACCAGCCCGCAGUUCCAGCCUCCCAUCUACCAGGCGUCUGUGCCUGAGAACAGGCCGAGCGGAACCCCCGUCGUGGUGCUGAAGGCGGUAGACGCCGACGAGGGCGAUGCCGGUAGGCUCGAGUACUUCAUCGACGCGCUGUUUGACAGCCGCUCCAAUAGCCUGUUUUCAGUGGACCCGCUCAACGGUGUGGUCACCACGGUCGAGGUGCUGGACCGCGAGACCAAGGACACUCACGUGUUCAGAGUGACUGCGGUGGACCACGGCAGGCCGCCCCGUACCGCUAUGGCGACGCUCACCAUCAUAGUGAGCGACGCCAAUGAUCACGACCCCGUGUUCGAGCAGCAGGACUACAAGGAGAGCGUCCGAGAGAAUCUGGAGAUCGGGUACGAGGUGCUGACGGUGCGGGCCACGGACGGGGACGCGCCCGCCAACGGCAACAUUUUGUACCGCAUCCUGAACGGCGACGGCCCCAACGAGGUGUUUGAAAUCGACCCCAGGUCAGGGGUCAUCCGGACGAAAGGCCCCGUGGACCGCGAGGAGGUCGAGUCCUACGCGCUUCUGGUGGAGGCCAACGACCAGGGCAGGGACCCAGGUCCGCGCAGCUCCACUGCAACCGUGCACAUCUCCGUGGAGGACGACAAUGACAACGCCCCCCAGUUCGGCGAGAAACGCUACGUUGUCCAGGUGCCCGAGAACGCUCCGCCCGACUCGGAGAUCCUUCAGGUGAUUGCUACGGACAGGGACCGCGGCAGCAACGCGCUAGUGCACUUCAGCAUCAUGAGCGGCAACACCCGAGGCCAGUUCUACAUCGACGCGCAGACGGGCAAGCUGGACCUUGUGGGCCAGCUGGACUACGAGGCCAGCAAGGAGUACACGCUGCGCAUCCGGGCGCAGGACGGCGGGCGGCCGCCCCUCUCCAACAUCAGCGGCCUCGUAACGGUGCAAGUGCUGGACGUCAACGACAACGCCCCCAUUUUUGUGAGCACCCCCUUCCAGGCCACCGUCCUGGAGAACGUGCCAGUGGGCUACUCCAUCAUCCACAUCCAGGCCAUCGAUGCCGACUCGGGAGAGAACUCGCGACUGGAGUACCGUCUCGUCGAGACCCAGCCCAGCCUCCCCUUCUCCAUUAACAACAACACAGGGUGGAUCGUGGUUGCGGCGGAGCUGGACCGAGAAAGGGUGGACUUCUACAGCUUUGCGGUCGAAGCCCGUGACCACGGCUCCCCUGCCAUGUCCUCAACUGCCAGUGUCAGCAUGACCAUCCUGGAUGUGAAUGACAACAACCCGGAGUUCACCCAGAGGGCUUACUACAUGCGUUUAAACGAGGACGCCGCCGUGGGGACAAGCGUCGUAAUGGUGUCGGCCGUGGACCGGGACAUCAACAGCGUGGUGACGUACCAGAUCACCAGCGGGAACACGCGAAACCGCUUCUCCAUCACCAGCCAGAGCGGCGGCGGGCUGAUCACGCUUGCGCUGCCGCUGGACUACAAGCUGGAGCGCCAGUAUGUCUUGGGCGUCACCGCUUCCGAUGGCACGCGCUUCGAUACGGCGCAGGUGUUCGUCAACGUCACCGAUGCCAACACGCACCGGCCCGUCUUCCAGAGCUCCCACUACACGGUCAACGUGAAUGAGGACCGGCCUGUGGGCACCACCGUAGUGGUCAUCGGUGCUACGGAUGAGGACACCGGCGAGAACUCCCGCAUCACGUAUUUUAUGGAGGACAGCAUCCCUCAGUUUGACAUCAACCCGGAGACUGGUGCCGUCACCACUCAGAUGGAGCUGGACUACGAGGACCAGCUCUCCUACACCCUGGCUAUCACAGCGCGGGACAACGGUAUCCCACAGAAGUCUGACACCACCUACCUUGAGAUUCUGGUGAUUGAUGUGAACGACAAUUCUCCACACUUCCUCAGGGACCGAUACCAGGGCUCUGUGAUGGAGGACGUGCCCGUCUUCACCAGCGUGGUGCAGGUGUCUGCCACCGACCGUGACUCGGGGCUCAACGGGAGAGUGUUCUACACUUUUCACGGCGGAGAUGAUGGCGACGGUGACUUCAUCAUCGAGUCCACCUCAGGGAUCGUGCGGACCAUGCGGCGCCUCGACCGGGAAAACACGCCGUCGUACGUCCUGAGAGCCUUUGCUGUGGACAAGGGACUCCCGGCAAUGAGGACAUCCGUGGACAUCCACGUAACGGUGCUGGAUGUCAACGACAACCCACCCGUGUUUGAAAAGGAUGAGUUUGACAUCCCGGUGGAGGAGAAUAGCCCCAUCGGCCUGGUGGUGGCCCACAUCACGGCCUCUGACCCGGACGAAGGGAGCAAUGCUCAGAUCAUGUACCAGAUCGUGGAGGGCAACAUCCCCGAGGUCUUCCAGUUGGACAUCUUCACCGGCGAGCUCACGGCCCUGAUGGACCUGGACUACGAGGCGCGUUCUGAGUACGUCAUCGUGGUGCAGGCCACCUCAGCGCCCCUGGUUAGCCGGGCGACAGUCCACGUCAAGCUCAUCGACAAGAACGACAACCCUCCCGUGAUGAAGAACUUCCAGAUCAUCUUCAACCAUUACGUGUCCAACGCUUCCGGCAGCUUCCCCACGGGAGCCAUCGGCCGCAUCCCUGCUCGUGACCCGGAUGUGUCGGACACGCUCUUUUACAAGUUUGAGUCGGGCAACGAGCUGAACUUGGUCAUCCUCAACCAGAGCACGGGCGAGAUCCGACUGAGCAACGCCCUCGCCAACAACCGGCCCCUGGAGGCCACGAUGAAGAUCUCAGUGUCGGACGGAGUCCACACGGUGUCGGCCCAGUGCCUCCUCCAGGUCACCAUCGUCACGGACGAGAUGCUGACCAACAGCAUCACCCUCCGCCUGGCCAACACCUCCCAGGAGCACUUCCUGUCUCUGCUGCUGGCACGCUUCCUGGAAGGUGUGGCGCGGGUGCUGUCGGCCUCGCGCGAGGACGUCGUGAUCUUUAACGUGCAGGAUGACACGGACGUCAGCGCCGGCAUCCUUAACGUCAGCCUGUCGGCGGCGGUGCCGGCGGCGGGGCCGUGGGCGGGGUCGGGGGCGACCCGCCAGUUCCUGGGCUCCGAGGAGCUGCAGGAGCGCCUGUACCUGAACCGCAGCCUUCUGGCACGCCUCUCCUCGCAGCACGUGCUUCCCUUCGACGACAACAUCUGUCUGCGCGAGCCCUGCCAGAACUACAUGAAGUGUGUGUCGGUGCUCCGCUUCGACAGCCUGGCGCCCUUCGUCGCCUCCGAUACCGUCCUCUUCCGACCCAUCCAGCCCGUGUCUGGGCUGCGCUGCCGCUGCCCCUCCGGCUUCACCGGCGACUAUUGCGAAACGGAGAUCAACCUGUGCUACUCGCGCCCCUGCGGUCCCCACGGCACCUGCCACGCCCGUGAGGGGGGCUUCACCUGCGAGUGCCUGGAGGGCUACACCGGCGAACAAUGUGAACUGUCUUCCCGCUCCGGCCGCUGCGCCCCUGGGGUGUGCAGGAACGGGGGCACCUGCGUCGACCUGCUGGUGGGCGGGUUCAAGUGCGAGUGCCCCCCUGGAGCCUUUGAGAUGCCCUACUGCCAGAUGACUACACGCGGCUUCCCCCCGCAGUCCUUCCUCACCUUCAGAGGCCUCCGGCAGCGCUUCCACUUCACGCUCUCCCUCUCGUUUGCCACCGUGGAUCAGAACGGCCUGCUGCUGUAUAACGGGCGUUUCAACGAGAAGCACGACUUCAUCGCCGUGGAGAUUGUGAACGAGCAGAUCCAGCUCACCUUCUCAGCAGGAGAGACCAAGACUGCAGUCUCCCCCUUUGUCCAAGGGGGUGUGAGCGAUGGGCAGUGGCACGCGGUCCACGUGCACUACUACAACAAGCCAAUACUGAGUCAGGCUGGCCAGCCGCAGGGCCCAUCUGACCAGAAGGUCGUCGUGGUGACCGUGGACGACUGCGACGCAUCAGUGGCGCUGAAGUUCGGCCACGUUAUCGGGAACUACUCCUGCUCUGCCCAGGCCAGCCAAUCCGGAUCCAAAAAGUCACUGGACCUCACCGGCCCCUUACUCUUGGGGGGUGUGCCCAAGCUCCCAGAGGACUUCCCAGUUCAGAAUCGCCAGUUUGUCGGGUGCAUGAAGAACCUGCGCAUCGACCAUCAGGCUGUGGACAUGGCCAGCUACAUCGCCAACAACGGCACUGUGCCUGGAUGCUCGGCCAAAAGACACUUCUGCAGCAGAAACCCGUGCCUGAAUGGCGGCACCUGUGUCAAUCGAUGGGGCUCCUACCGCUGCGGCUGCUCCCUGGGGUUUGGAGGACGGAACUGCGAGAGAGAAAUGACCGCUCCCCUGCAUUUCCUGGGCAACAGUUUUGCACAAUGGAAUAACCUGCCAGCUCUCACCAUGGUGCCCUUACAUGCUGAGAUGAUGUUCCGCACCCGGCAAGCCAGCGCCACGCUGCUCCGCGCGGCAUCCGGACAGCACCACAGCAUCUCCUUGCUGCUCCAGGGUGGAUUUGUGGCCCUUCGGCUGCAGCGAGGCGAGGACUCCGCCGCGUCCCGUUUGGAUGUGGUCAGAGUGGACGACGGAGACUGGCACCACCUGCAGGUGGAGCUGCGCGGGAGCGGCGGAUCGCUUCGACCCCAGGCCAUCGUGUCUCUUGAUUACGGGAUGCAUAUGACCAGUGUGGAGGUGGACAGCAAGCUGAAAGGCCUGAAGGUGAAAGCCCUGAGUCUUGGAGGCGUCCCCGUUGCGAACGGGACAGCGCUGUAUGGCUUUCGCGGAUGCGUACAGGGCAUGCGCGUGGGCCAGGCCUCCUCCGGUGCCGUGUCUCUCAGCCUAAGUCAGGCCAGGCGGGCGAACUUGGAGCGCGGAUGCAGCCUGCAGGAUCCCUGCCAUUCGAACCCGUGUCCCUCCAACGGCGACUGUGUCAACAACUGGGAGAGCUACUCCUGUACCUGCCACCCAGGUUACUAUGGUGACAACUGCACGGAUGUGUGUUCUCUGAAUCCCUGCGAGCACCAGUCAGCGUGCACGAGGAAAGGAGCCCCCCCCCACGGCUAUUCGUGUGACUGCCCAAGCAACUACUUUGGCCAAUACUGCGAAAACAGGGUCGAUCAGCCGUGUCCCCGGGGCUGGUGGGGCCACGAGACGUGCGGCCCUUGCUUCUGCCGCCCAGAGAUGGGCUUCCACGCCGACUGCAACAAGACCACUGGCGAGUGUCGCUGUAAGGACAACCACUACCGGCCGGACGGCAGCGACUCGUGCCUGCAGUGUGACUGCUACCCGGUGGGCUCUCUGUCCAGAGCGUGCGAUCGCCAGUCCGGCCAGUGCCACUGCAAGGCUGGCGUGAUGGGCCGCCAGUGCGAUCGCUGCGACAACCCCUUCGCCGAAGUCUCGCCCAGCGGCUGCGAAGUGAUCUACGACAGUUGUCCCCAGGCUAUAGAGGCCGGGAUCUGGUGGCCCAGGACGAAGUUCGGCCUCCCGGCCGCCGUGCUCUGCCCAAAGGGUUCUGUUGGCACUGCCAUCCGCCACUGUGACGAACACCAGGGCUGGCUGCCCCCGAACCUCUUCAACUGUACCUCCCUGCCCUUCGCCAGGCUCAGGUCCACGGCGGAGGAGCUCUACCGCAACUCCUCGCUGCUGGACUCCAGCCGGGUGCAGCAGACUGCCGCCGUGCUGUGGAACGCCACCCGGCACACGGACGCCUUCUACGGCAGCGACGUACGGGUGGCCUAUCAUUUCUCCCAGAGCCUGCUGCAGCACGAGAGCACCCAGAGCGGCUUCGGCCUGGCCGCCACGCAGGACGUGCACUUCACCGAGAACCUGGUGCGCGUGGGCAGCGCCAUCCUGGCCCUCGAGCUGCGGCCGCACUGGGAGCUGAUCCAGCAGACGGAGGGCGGCACGGCUCUGCUGCUGCGCCGCUAUGAGGACUACGCCAACACGCUGGCGCAGAACAUGAGGAAGACGUACCUGAGCCCCUUCACCAUUGUCACUCCUCACAUCGUCCUCUCAGUGGAUCGCCUAGACGGGGUGACCUUAGAGGGGGCCAAGCUGCCUCGCUACCAGGCAUUCAGAGGGGUGCGGCCAGCAGACACGGAGACUGGAGUCAUCCUGCCCGACUCGGUAUUCAACAAAGACCUCUCUUCUGCCGAGGAUGCCCCUGGCAACACGACGACCGACCACAAGCACCAUCAUCCCAACGGGGGUGACCAGGAGGCCAUCGCAAGCGUCAUAAUCUUCCACAGCCUGGCCUCCCUGCUGCCCAAGCGCUACGACCCCGACAAGAGGAGCCUCAGGGUGCCCAAACGGCCGGUCAUCAACACCCCCGUGGUUAGUAUCGCGGUGCACAACGAAGAGGAGCUUCUGCAGCGCCCCCUCGACAGGCCCGUGACCGUGCAGUUCCGCCUGCUACAAGCCGAGGAGCGCGCCAAGCCGAUCUGCGUAUUCUGGAACCACUCUCUUUUGAGUACUGGAGGUACAGGCGGCUGGUCGGCGAAGGGGUGCGAGGUGGCGUUCCGUAACUACAGCCACAUCGCAUGCCGGUGCUCCCAUAUGACUAGCUUUGCCGUUCUCAUGGACGUCUCCCGCCGAGAGAAUGGCGAGAUCCUGCCGGUGAAGCUGGUGACCUGGAGUACGGUCGGAGUCACCCUGGGGUUCCUCUUCCUCACCACACUCUUCCUCAGCUGCUUUCAUGCCAUGCACUGCAACAAGAGCAGCAUCGUCAGCAAUGGAGCCGUUUCCCUCUUCCUCUCCGAACUUGUAUUUGUCCUCGGCAUAAAUCAGGCUGAUAAUCCGUUCAUGUGCACAGUGAUUGCCAUUCUCCUGCACUUCCUGUACAUGUGCACCUUCGCCUGGCUCUUCCUGGACGGCUUGCACACCUACCGCAUGCUGAGCGAGCUACGCGAUAUAAACUAUGGCCCGAUGCGGUUCUACUACAUGAUUGGUUGGGGUGUUCCCGCGUUCAUCACGGGGCUGUCCGUGGGACUCGACCCCGAAGGCUAUGGGAACCCCGACUUCUGUUGGCUCUCCAUGUAUGACACGCUGAUAUGGAGCUUUGCUGGGCCCAUCGUCCUGGCAGUAUCUAUGAGCAUCUUCCUGUACAUCCUGGCCGCCAGGGCCUCCUGCUCGGUGCGCCACCACAGUCUGGAGAAGAAAGGAUGUCCAGUGCUGGGCCUCAGGACGGCGAGCGGCUCCCUUCUGCUCGUCACAAUGACUUGUCUUCUGGCCCUGCUGUCGGUCAACAGUGACUUCCUCAUCUUCCAUUUCCUCUUUGCUGCAUUCAACUGUGUACAGGGUCCUUUCAUCUUCUUCUUCCGCAUCGUCUUCAACAAGGAGGCGAGGAAGGCCAUGCAGUGCCCCUGCAGCCGCAAGCGAGCUGACAUGAUCAGCUCCAAGUCCCUGGCCUCGUCCUACAACUACAACAGUCCCUACCUGGACACCCACCUGUACCGGCCCCCAUUCGGCGACUCCGGGGUCUCCCUCAACGGCACGCUGCCGUCAGGAAAGAGCCAGUUGAGCUACGUGCCGUUUGUCCUCAGGGAGGACCGUGGACUAAGUAUCAGCCAAGCCCACAUCCCCUUGAGUGACCACAGCUCCCUGCUCUGUGAGGCCAAGGGCCGUGUGGAUGGCCAUGACUCGGACUCCGACAGCGACGUGUCCCUUGAGGAUGACCGGAGCGGCUCCUUUGCGUCCUCCCACUCCUCGGACAGUGAGGAAGAGGAAGGACCCUACCCCCCUGAGGCAUGCUGGGAGAACCUGGCAGUCCAUGGAGGCUUGUGGCCCCUCCCACAUGGCCAUCAAAAAGAGCAACACCGGCCAGAAGACCUAGUGCCCAUGGCCAGCGAAAGAGACGCCUUAGGGAUUACCGACAGGCUGAAAGUAGAGGCACCUGCACAUUCCAACCCCAUGUAUUCGCGGGGCACCCGGCACCUGCUAGAGGAAGAGGCAGAGGAAAGAGGCGAGGGACCUGGGAGGACAAACGUGCAGCUCUUCCUGCCCAGUGCGUACCCUCAGAGAGGGAUCUUGAAGAGGAAGCCACUCUCACCCAUUGUGGAAAGGAACAGCACCAUCCUCUCCCAUGACAUGCUCUCACCCAGCGCUCCAGGCCCCCUCUCGUCGAGGGGCUCCUCCUCAAGCGAGGGUUUCGUGGACAGAGCCAUUAACGGUCCGCAAGACCAGGUCAAUGACACGGGGCCAGCCACCAUGACCCCUGUAGCCAUUAGCAUCAAAGCGGGGACUGUGGAUGGUGAUUCCUCAGGCUCAGAAUUCUUAUUUAUUAAUUUUCUUCAUUAAAGCAUUGGUUUGCAUUGGAGUCGGGAGCUCUGUCUCGCAUCCAGCCAAGCAUAUUACAUUCCUCACUCUCAGCCUCGACAAAACAAAGUCUCUCUCUCUCUCUAUGCACACGUGUUCCCUCUCAUUUCUCGCACCCACGGCCAUGAGCAUUAGCAUUGUAGCAUUAGCACCAUGGUCACACAUUGCUUGUUUUCUGUUCCCGUGUUUCUUCGUCCUUCGUCUCCCCCCCGUUCCCGCCUUCCUCUGCAGCGACAGCAAGGCGCCCCAGGCGUGAGCGGGAACACCACGCUGACAGAGGCUCUUGAAGGCCUCGUGCUCCAACCGUACCCUGCUUCCUGUCUGGGACAGGGAGGGAGAAGUAAAGACGGCGUCACCCGCGUUUGGAAACCAGCCAUAUUGGCGCGCCCUGCAGCGACUGCUAUCGCAACUCGAUGCGUCAGGGGUGCGGGGACCCCGAUAUGUUGGUUACAUAGGCACACGGCUGCUCUUCCGCUUCUACAAGAUGUACUGAUGUUCAAUUAAAAGCAAUUUUUUUUUUAACCGAAGAUAAAGACACGUGACCCUUAGCCAGGCACAGCUAUUGCUCAUAGACAUUCUGAACUUCCAGGGAAUCACCCAGGAAGAUGAGCUUCUGCCUUUCCAUGGAUACAAUAACCCAGCUUUCUGAAGGACACCUCAGUCGUCGGAGCGUGGGAGGGUCGCUGCGCCGUUCAGGUUCAGCGCACCUUGAGGGCGCUUCGCGUUGACCAGCUCCACAACGUCCUCCUUGGAGUCGGAGGGCUCCGGAAGCUCUGGGGACAAGAGUCUCCUUCCAGCCGAUCAGAAGUGCGACGGAUGGGCCCUUGUCGGCGACUCGAGUGCAGCGAACACCAGGAGCAAAGGGGACGGACCCUCGGGAUGUGUCCGGAGCCCUCGAUAAAGGGGUCUGGGAAGGACUGUUGGGAACGCUGGUGGGCUCUGAUGAAGAACUGGAGAUCAGGAGUCACGUUCCCACUCCGAUGUGCUCAUAUCGUACGCGCGCAGGCUUGCUUGCGUGCUUGCGGAAGUCGACAUUCUCAAUUUCCCAGCAUUCUGUAACGCGAAAUAGCAUCUGCCGCCAAGAAGGAUAACAAGGACUUUAAUACACUUCUGCUCAUCGUGUACAUAUCGCUGAAAGCUCAUUUUAUAUUCUCUUGUUUCUGAGAUGCGCUGGAAUUUUUUUAACCUUGACAUUAAAAACUUUGGCACAUAUCUGAGGUUUUGUUUAUACUGUACAGAUUUCAUUUUUUUCUUUUGUAAAUGUUCAAUUUACCACUUCUGCUGAAUUUUGAAAAAUACACUGAUCUUUUGUACUAAGCGUGUACACUUUACGACUCGCUAAUGCUGUGUUUAAACCGUUUCAUUUCGCUGCCAUUUCAAAGGUAUGGAAUAGCACAAAUGUGCAUUUACAUGUUUUUUAAUAGAGUGCAAAAUGUUUACGUGUUCAUAUUUUGACAGCCAUAUGUCACAUGACUUGUAGCACAGAUUUAGAAUUCCUGCCCAGCAUCCGCUUAGUGCACAACAAGCUAUUUAAACCAUUCGGUAGCAGCGGUUUGAUCAACACAAGUGUUCACUUGGAUUUUCAUGCUGCAAUUCAGCAGGAAACGACUUCAUUAAGCGGAGAAAAAAAAUCUCAGCUCUCAGUCGAAAACACUCGAGUUGGGCCGUAUCUCUCCGCCUAUAGUUCUCCUUUGUUGCCAUUAUGCACUGCCAGCUCUGAAAAUAAUAAUGCGGAAAAUAUCAAUUUUGUGUUCCAUUUGCUCUCGUGUUCAUUGAUACAUUUUAUGUGUAUGGUACCACUUUUAUAAACCACAGUUAUUCGCCAAAUUCUGAAAGUGUGUUCCGGAAUUACUCUAAGAGAUGCUGGCAGUAACUGCUCCAGCUGUUUACAACGGUACUUUAGGGUGCAAAAAGCAGGUAUAAAGCUGGAACAUAAUGUAAUACUGCAAAAAGCUGUGCACAUUUUGUUCUUUUCUCAGAUCAAAAUGGUAUGUAUUAGGUUUACCUUAGUGCUGUUGUAAUUUAAUGACCCCCAUGCAUGUUGCAUCAUCAGUAUAUGGAAAAAAAGAGCAGGAAUGCAGAGAUGGGGGGGAUCAUAUUAGUACAUUUCAUUCCAUCAGAUUUAUGAAGAGGCAAAGGACAAUCCUUACAAUCUGUGUAUUUAUUUCCAAAAACAUGUCACAUAUUUCUGCUGUAUGCAUUCUUCUUGGAGGUUAGAGCUACCCAGUGACCAAAAUCCACUGUUUUUUCAAUUCAUUCUAACCAGGAGAAUGUUAUUGGGAAUAAAUAAAUUUAAAAAAAAAAAAAAAAAAAAAUUACUUUUGAAAACCAGUCUUACCUGAAUAAAUCCCAAGAUCCAGGUGUAUUCAUGCCGAAUAUUUUACUGCUGUACGAAAGAAUGCACACGGAAAUAUAAGCAGACUUUCUGGGCAAAUUAGUGUUGCUUUCCUGCCAUGCUACCUCCCAAAACAUAUUUUUUUUUGAACACCCAGUGAUCACAGCUGGUGAUUUCAUGCGACACCACACAGUCUCGGUGCUGCUUUCGAGAAUUUGUGGAGGCACCAAUUACAAGGCACUGCUGUUUUAGUGCUCUAGCAGAAUGUCAAACUUUGCCAAGAGUAAAACUGUAAAUUGCUUUAAGCUACAUGAUAAUA